AUGACUCGUGAUAUGAUGACGAAGAUCGCCAAAGCAUUGAUUUUUUUAAAUGAUGAUGGAAAAUUAGCACAUAAUGCUGUACGUUUAGAUAGUGUAUUUGUAACUACAGCUGGUGAAUGGAAAUUAGGCGGUUUAGAUUUUGUUGGACCUAUUAAUGAACCACCACCAUCUAUUCGACAAACAGCAAGUUUUGUCAAAGCAAAUACCACAGAUCCAUAUAUGCCUCCAGACAAUCGUCUUAUUGAUUCAUGGGGUUUAGGCUGUUUAAUAUGGGAAAUAUUUAAUCCAUCUUCCACUUUAACAGAUCGUACUCAACUACUUGAAUCCAGUUAUUCAAAAAGAAUUCCUAAAGCAUUAAUACAUGAUUAUCGACGUCUUGUUGCUCAAAGUGCUGCUACAAAAAGUGGCGUGAAACGAUUCACUGUGUCCCAGUUCCUUCAAUCAGCUCGUAAUUCAGAAAAACAAGGAUUUCUGGCUAAUGAUUAUGUGGAUACAUUGUUAUUUUUAGAAGAGAUUGAAUUAAAAGAUAGUAUGGAAAAAUCAAUAUUUUUAAAAAAUCUCGCUACACAAGUAACAAGUUUUCCAGAUGAUGUAUGUCGUCAUAAAAUACUGCCUCAUUUAGUGAAUGGUUUACGUUAUGGAUCAGCUGGCAUUGAAGCUCUUCUCCCUGUACUACGUCUUAUUCCUUUAUUAUCAGAGAAUGAUUUUCAAACUUAUGUUCUUCCAUGUCUUAUAAAAUUAUUCUCAUCACCUGAACGUGCAACACGUGUACGCCUUUUGGAACAUUUACCGGAUUUUGUACAACAUUUACAAACAAAAUGUAUAGAAACACAAAUUUUCGGUCCAGUCUCCGCUGGUUUCACCGAUACACAUCCAGUUGUACGUGAAGCCACUGUACGUGCAAUGAUUCAUUUAGCACCGAAACUUUCAACAAAACUACUCAAUGAGAAUUUAUUAAAACAUAUAACAACAUUACAAGCACGAGAUACACAAGGUGGAAUUCGUACUAAUGCAACUGUAUGUUUAGCAAAAUUAGCAUCAUAUUUUUCAAAACAAGUACAACAAGGUCCAAUGUUGGGUGCUUUUCUUCGUGCAACUCGUGAUCCGUUCUUGCCUAAUCGUCAAGCCGCUAUAACUGCUUUAGCUGCUACACAAGAAUAUUAUACAAAUGAUUUGUUAGCUGGAAAAGUUCUACCUUGUUUAUCAUUCUUAACAACUGAUACAGAGAGAUCAGUACGUGAUGAUACAUUUCGUGCUAUACAUGGAAUACUAGAUCGAUUGGAACAUGCUAGUAAAUAUGGCACAGAUGAUCAAACCAGCAAUAAUCAAACGUCUAAUUCCGAUGAAUCUUUACGAACUACUACGAGUACAUCUGGACCAUCUGCAACCAGUGCACUUACUCAAUGGGCUCUGUCUGCUUUAUCUUUUUCCAGUCGUCUUCUACCAUCAUCCUCCUCAUCAUCAUCAUUGACUUCAACAGCUACAACAACUACAAUCACAACUAAACCUUACGAUACAAAUAUUCAAACAAUGUCAGAUCCUUCUUUAUCAUUGUCAGCAUCACAAAUGAACAAAAAUUCGAUUGGCUCAGAAAAAACUGAAAAACUAUACAAUAAAGAAAUUUCAGAAAAUUCCAAUAAACCUAAUCGAUUACCUUCAUCCAACUCAACUUUGAGUGAUGGCCAAAAAUUGAAUUCAUGGAAUCUUAUAGACAAUAACUGCAAUGGUGACAAUGACGAUGUUGAUGGCGAUGGCGAUGGCGAUGAUUGGAAUACAGACAUGAAUGAUAUAUUCGAAGAUAUAAAUGACGAUCCAUCAUCCAUAAAUCAUAACUUGGAAUCAACUCUUCCUCUUACAUCCUCCUAUUGGAAUAGUCAAGAACAACCACCACCAAUAAAUAAACUUGACUUAGACUGGAAUUCAGAUGAAUUUUUUGACAAACUUACUCUUGAAAAGAAUAAUCAUUCAAGUGUACAAAGAACAGGCACAACGACAAAAAAAUCAACUGGUAAAUUAUUAUCAACUACAGAUUUGACAAAAAAACUACCACGAACAAAUCAUGAAUUAAGAGAGAAGAAAUCACCAAUUCAAACUAGUUCUUCUUCUUCUUCUACUGCUAAGUGUGUGACGAAUAAGCCUAUGAAAUCAUCAUUGAAUGGACAACAAAAGCAACCAACGAAAUCUAUUGUGAAUAAAGCUGAUGCCGAUAAUGAUGAUGAUGAUGGUGAUGCUGAUGAUGAUUGGGGCAGUUGGUAGGGUUCAGUUUGUUAACUAACAUAUUGUUUAUUAUUAUUAUUAUUAUUGACUAAUUUCUAUUGUCUUUUUUUUAUUUUUUGAUCGUGCUUUCUUAUUGACUAGUAGUAGUAAGUGUAAAUAGUCUUUCCAAGAAAAAAGAAGAAUUGUAGUUUCCGUGUGUGUCUGUGGGUGUAUGUUUUUCUAUGAAGUGUUUGUGAAAUCGAUAGCUCAUAAUCAAGAAAUCUCUUUGUGUGUGUGUGUCUCUGUGUGGGUGUGCAUUGUGUUCUCUUUCCUUUCUCCUCAAUGGUUCAUACACUACUUCUCUUCACUUGGUUAGGGUUGUUAUUUCAUAUUUAUCUAAGUGCCUUUUUAUACUUCUUAAUUAAAUGACUUUAAAAUAUGGUUUGUUUUUUUUCUGGUUGAGUAUUAUUGAUUAUUUAUUUGUCAAUUCUCUAUCUAUUUAUUCUUUUU